AUGCCUCGCGUGAUGUCCUCCGUACUAGCUAUCUCACGCAGCAAUGCAUACGGCAUUCGUGGAAUCAUUGUCGCGUCGUCGCCCUCCUGGGCGCCGCACCGGGUUGCGGUCAUGUCCCCGCAUGUAAAGCCUAGCCAGGUGACCCAGUCCGCGCUCACGCAUUCGUCCGUACCGCCUACAUGGAACAUAAACGUAAAAGACUCCAAGGACCCUCGCACGCUGCUCGAGAAUAAAUCUCGAAACGGCUCACGCCGGGCGGUCUCGCGGCACGUCGUGUUGCUCGCGGGAACCUUCGCGCUGGCGGCAGAAGCAGGUGCUGCCCAGCAGCAUGAAUUCGCUGGUGUGGAUGCCGCGCUACAAUCAACCACAAUGCGCACGGAUCAUGGCAUGUUCUCUCUCGUUGUGAUCUCGCUCAUCAAGGUCCCGUCCAAGAUCUCCCGGGCAACAGGAACUACAAUCCUAUUCACCCCUGGCGGGCCCAGCGGCUUGGGUGUCGGCUUCGACCCGCGCGGCGUCUCGCGCACGGCGCCCCCCAUUGUCGUCUUCGAGGACCAGGUCGAGGACGCGACGUGGCGUGGCAUCUCCGCGCGCUGGAGGACCCUGCGCCGAACACGACGGCUGACGCCGUGCCACGGUUGUGUCGUCGACUCUGAGAAUUACCGUCCUAGGCUCUGGUCCAAUAACUUGCUCGACGCGGACCUAGCCCUGCACACGAUCCUCGACGGCUGUAUCGCCGCCGGCCCCCUCAACUGCGCGCUCUACGAAUCCACCACGGAAAAGGUGCACGCCCGCCCCACAGCCAUCUUCGACAGCCUUAAGAAACAACCUCUGCCGGUGUACAGAAACGAGACGCGCAAGGACUCGAGAACGGCGACGGGUCACCGUGCGGACGCCUACUUGAUGUCGUGCACGUACGCCGGUGACCCGCGCCCGCCGGUCAUUGCCACGCCCGACGCGCUCACCGCGAUCGCGUGCAUGGACACCGAUGCCCCGCGUGCUGCCGACACGGCCGAGGACCUCGAGGAGCACCUCGUGCAGAUGCGCGAGCACUCAGAGUUCGCGGAGCAGUGGCCGCUGCGGGUGCUCUGCACGUGA